CCGGUCAGUUAUAGUCCUUUUUUCUCCAGCCUCUCCCUGUCAUCCCUGCUGCAGUAUCUCAGUUGUUCAAUCUCUGACCUUCCACAGGGACCAUGCAAGCAUUUGUUCCCAGGUCAUAUCUGACCCCAGUCAGGGAUGAAGAAGCAGAGUCUCAGAGGAAAGCAAAAUCUCGGCAUGCGAGACAAACCCGCAGGUCAACACAGGGUGUGACUCUGACUGACCUGAAAGAGGCUCAGAAGAUCAGCAGCCUAGAAGACAGAAAAAAGGAGGACAGAGGCACUUUGGAGGACAGGUCCUGUCUGAGGAUGGGCUUUACAGAUGACAGAAGAGUUCACUUUGGUGUGACAGAGUCCACAGAAACAGCUAAUGUCAGUCUAAAAUGGAGCCAAAUGGACAAGGAGGGUAACUUUGAAACCAGAUUAGAAAUCCUGCCUGAGCUUCCACGCCUGCUUUACUGCAACAGCUCCUUCAGCGUUGAUGAGAGAUGGUGGAGCGAUGAAAAUCAGAAUCCUGCAGAUAACGCAGCACAGCCGACUUUUUCUGCCAAGCACCAACAAAGACGCCCCUGCUGUGACACUGAAGGCUCAGACUACAUCACAGAGCAUGACAGACUGUCAAGAUUUGACUCGACUGGAGAGAGUGCAACAGACAAGCCACUGGGCCGCACCAGCUCAUACACACGCAGAGAGACAAGGCUGGCUGCACUGAAUAAACAGGAGCAAGACUCCACUGCCAAAGACUAUAAGAAGAUGUAUGCAGAAGCUUUGCAUGAAAAUGCAAAACUCAAGUCCAGGUUGCAGGAGAGCAAACAAGAGCUAGCCAAGAUACGUUCCAAACUGGAGAAAGUCACUCAGAGACAUGACACGAUAUCUGAAAGAUCUUCAGUACUUGAAUCAGAGAAAAGGGAAAAACAAGCCCUUGAGAAACGGGUGUCAGAUAUGGAGGAGGAAUUAAAGGCUUUCCCUGCUCUGGCUCAGGUCCAGGCCUUGCGGAGGGUGAACGAGUGUCUCCUGGCUGAAAAUAGAGCCAUGCUUCGUGUCCUCGCCCGCCUCUCUGAGACGGCCUCCAUGCCGGAGACAGAGGACCUCUGAUCCUCUGAGAUCAUCUGCCUUCCUUCCCCCUUCCUCUCCCCUUCCUCAGCCACAUAACCCACACUUCUCUUUCCUUCUGGUGCCUCUACAGCCCC